AUAUUCUCAUUACCAUUUAGCACGAUCUAAGAUUGUAAUAAAUAAUAAUUAUACUAAUAAUAAAAUAGUCAAUAGUAUAACUUCAACUGACUUGAAAUGUCAUCUUCGGACGAAGAAAUAAGUUCUAACGAUGAAAUGGAUUCCGGCGAAGAAAUGGUUUCCAAUGAUGAAAUAGAUAGCGAAGAAUUUGGUUCAGACAUUGAAAUGAAAUCCGGCGAAGAAUUUGGUUCUGAUGAUGAAGAAAAUUACUCUGACAAUGGUUCUAGUACACAGGGUAUUGCGGAACCUAUGACAGACAUGGAAAAGGCAAAGGUUGUUAUAGCACAUAAGGAAUUCUACGACAAUCUAUUACUCCUUCGCAUAAAGCUUCAAAAAUGCCUUUCACUUGCCAAUACUCUUCCACAAGACUUGGACAAAAUUACUAAGGAAGACAAGGAAGAAUGCGCCUAUGACACUGUAAAAGAUUUAGAACAGUAUUUAACAAUGGUGGUAAAAUAUCAAACAGACUUACUUGCUAAGAAUCAAAAUGUUAAAAUGAUUGAUAAAGACAAAGCUACUAUGUUGACAAAUAAACUGAAUCAUAAAGACUUUGAACAUGUCUUGCAAGCACAUCAUGAAUCAUUCAAACCUUAUAGAGAUGAGACAAUACAAUUUUGGAAUGAACGAACAAAGCUCGCAUCAGGAAAAGCUGCAAAAUCAGAUUUCUCAGCUUUUGAUCAACCUACAUUAUUACAAAUUGAUCAAAUAAUGGCUGAUAAGACUAGGUUAAUUGAACGUACUCAAAUCAAACGAUCCAAAUAUUGCAUUGUUGGUAAUCCAGAAUCAAUAAACACCGAUGUCGAUCAGGAAAUAUUUGAUGAUGAUGAUUUCUAUCACAAAUUACUUAGGGACUAUAUUGAAAAUAAAACUGCUGAUAUCACAGAUUCAUCUCAACUAGGAAAACAAUGGUUACAAUUACAAAAGCUGAGGAGUAAAAUGAAGCGUAAAGUUGAUACCAGAUCAACUAAAGGAAGGAAGCUCAGAUACACUGUUCAUACAAAAUUGAUGAAUUUCAUGGCGCCAAAUGACCAAUCCUCGUGGUCUGAUGAAGCUAAACAGGAUUUAUACAAUUCUUUAUUUGGUAAAAAAAAUACUGGUUGACACUUGAUGCAAUAAAUUAAAUGUAUUCUCACAUUA